AACGCGGGGCGGGCGGCGGCGGCGGCGGCGCUGGGGCGGGGGCCUGGGGCUGGGCAGGCCCCGCACGGCGUCAGCGGCACCUCCAGGCCCCGCGGCCCCGCCAUGGCGCCCUCGCGCAAGAAGGCGGCCGGGGGGGCCCGCGGCAGGAAGCUGGCGGCCUUCCUCAAGGACUUCGACCGCGAGGUGAGGAGCCGGGUUGAGCAGCUUCAGACAAACGGGCAGCGCCUGGUCAAGGAGGCAGAGAACCUGUACAACAUCGAGAUCCUCCGGCUGCCCGUGGCGCUCCGCGAGAUGAACUGGCUCGAGUACUUCGCUAAAGGUGGGAGUAAAAAGGUCUUGGAAGCGGCAGCGACAGCAGACUUGGAGAUAACAGAAAUAAACAAGUUAACAGCAGAAGUUAUCCAGACUCCUUUAAAAGUCAUCAAGAAAGAAAAAUCUAAACAGGUUAUUGAAGCCAUUGAAGAAGAAGCAGAGUCUCCUUUGCUUCCUGUAGCAAAGAAAGCAAAACACGAUAACCAAGUUGUUCCAAUGCUAGAAGCUGAAAAUACUAAUCCAAGAAUGGGAAAGGUGAGAGCAUCUAUUAAAAAAGCACCAGUGUCCAGGAGCAGAAGAGCUCCUUCAGCAAGAGUGAAACGCAUGAGUAAAAGGUCGAGCAAAAAUAACUUUAUCACUCCAGCUACUGGUCGAAUUGUUGAUUUCUGUGUUCAGGGAGGUACUUCCAUUGUCACACCCAGGUUUGAUUCCAGAGUUUUCAAGACCCCGGGUUUGCGCACGCCUGCAGUAAAUGAACGUGUUUAUACCAUCUCUGCCAAUGGCAGCCCCCUCGCUGACGGCAAUGAUAUCUUCAUUACAGUCCCUGUCGGAGGAGGGGAGAGUAUUCGUUUAACAGCAAGUGAUUUGACCAAGAAGAAUCUUCUUCAUCUGAAUCCGGAGGCACAAGGAAUUAUGAAGAAGCUAUCAGUUCGUCUCGCACAAGCUUGCAGUGGUGCAAAAACCCAUAGAUGAAACGUGAUGAAUGUUGGCAUCCCUCUGUAAAUAUGGAACUCUACAUUUAGGACUACUCUCGUUAGUCCUUCUAAUCUGUCAUCCUUCUAUUAGCUUACAGAAUGGAAGUUAGGAAUUCUUUUUUUACCUAUGUGUGCUGGGAUUACAAUGCAUUUUUUUACUUAAUAACAAUUAAAAAAAAAAACUGAAUACUUUAUUUCCUGUUUACUCUAAGGUGGAGACCAAGGCACACUUACCUUGGGCUUGUAGACCAGCAAGCUGAGUAGAAAGGCUAUUGUGAUAUCUUGCAAAAGACAAGCAGUGGAUGCAAGUGACUGGAGUUCACUUCUGACUGGGAAAAGAAACCAACAGAUCAGAUUUGUUGCACUUCCUUCCAGGCAUGGCCUUUCUCUGCUGAUGGCUUUAAAAGUGAUGACUAUCUCAGUAUAGUAUCUGAGACGCCUCAAGGCAAGUUACAGGUGCCCGGGAUUAAAUGGAAAGUUUCUUAUAGUUUAUGGUACUGCCAUGAGUUUUAAACAUUUUGGUUUUGAGGUUUUAUAGUGGAAGUAUUCAUUUUAUUGGUUUAAAAGAAAUAAAAAUCACUGGAGGUUUAACAAAAUCUGUCAGCUAGCCUUCUGGCUAAUCAGAUUCCAGUAGCUGUAAGGUUAUUCAGUGAUGUCUCUAAUGUGAGAGAACUUUGCUUUUCCUAUAUACUUCUCAAAAGCUUUAGGAGAAGACAUUCUCCUGAAAUUGAAUGUAGACAGGGAAGAAGGAAGUUAAGACUAGUCAAACAUUGUUUUUCCUGUCUACUCAUUUAAAUUGAAUUGAUUCACUGCAUUUUCUUAACAAAGAGAUAAAUCCAACAAAUACUAUUUAAACUGAAUAAAAUAACUUCAGUCGUUAAUAAUGGUAUUUUUUCAUCAUUGCUUAUAGGAAAUAGAGAAAUCUUGCUUCAUUCCAAAUUUAGGAAAACUCACCUUUAACACUUCCCCAAGAAGCUAGAUUUAAUGUAUUUAUAUUAAAAUGUAACAGGAACUCUUAUCUGGCUUAAUGCUUUGUGAACUGAGGCUGGAGAGAGGUCUUGUAUUUGCUUUCCUGUAACAAUGGUCUUAUUUUCUUAACAGCUUAGGAAGGGCAGAGCUCCCUAUGAAGCACCAGCUAUCUAUGGCAAGGUGGCAUGAUGUCUUAUAGUGCAAAAGAUGUCUCUCAAAACCCAGGGUUUCAUUUUCAUUGUGAAUCUUUGUGGGAGAGGACACGUAUCUUGUCUAUGAAAUAAAAAUAUGUAAUUCCUUAA